AUGCAGGAGCCCGUCUCGACGAGUUUGACGGCGAGGAGGAGGAAGAAGAGGCAUUUCUUGCGCGGGGAACGGCAGCUCCUCCAUGCCGGGGUCACCGGCGCGUUCGCGGUGACGCUCCUCUUCCUCGCCCUCGUUCUCCUCUCCACCUCGCCCUCGUUGCCGCCGCCACCGUCGCGGGUCAGCCGCGGCGUCGCAACAAGACGAAGAUCCUCGUCGUCCUCGCCUCCAAUUGCCGGCUACUGCGGCGGCGCCACGGCGGCGACGGGCCUGGGGGAGUUCGGCGACAUGAUGGUGUCCAUGCUCCCCAGGAGCCUCGCGUUCACCGUCUUCGUGCCCUCGCCGGAGUCGUUCCGCCGGGUCCUCGGGCUGCUCCCCAACGACAGCGUGGCCGAGGGGAAAGCCGACGCCACCUACGCCGUCGUCUCCCGCGUGCUCGGCUUCUCCGCCGUCCCUCGCCGCCUGCGCGCCGCGGACGUGGCGCCGCUGCGCCGGAGGAGGCAGCAGGUGGCGGUGGCGCCCGUCCUAGAGUCCGUGUCUGGGAUGAGGAUCUCCGCCUGGAGGAGGGACGACGACGGCGCUCUGGUCGUCAACGGCGUGCCGUCGGAGUGCGUGGAUAUCGUCAAGGACCAGGCGAUCGUCCAUGUCAUGGCGGGCGUCCUCAUGGACGCCGAGUUUGAGCGGUCUUUCUCCUCAGAAUUUGAUAAUUGA